AUGGUGUGUUUUGUGGCAGCAGCCCCUUCCCUCGUCAACCUGGCAUUAGUUUUUUCCAUCACGAAACUCCUGAAGACCCUGGUGGUGACAGCACGGGAGCGUCACCUCCAGUGGGCAGACAGGCAGGAGCAGAGCAUCCCUGUCUCACGUGUCAUCAUCCACUCCACGUUCGACCAGCUGCACUACAUGGAUUGCGAUGUGGCUCUGCUGCACCCAGCCCAGUACGGGGAUGAGGUUCAGCCCAUCUGCCUUCCCCACAGGGUUGAACUUCCAGGCUGUGUGGCCAGUGGCUGGGGCAAGGUGUCCGAGGAUGCUGGACGUGGCCUGGCUGCUCCCACGGCAGCUGGGAUGCUGGCUCCUGUCCUGCGGGAGGUGGAGCUGCCCCUCAUCGACAGCCAGACCUGCGGUGUGCUGCUGAGGGGCAGGAACCUGCCACCGGUGCGGGGCUCCAUGCUGCGCGCUGGCUUUCCUGACAGCGGGAGGGAACGCGUGCAAGCUGCUGUGCCAAGCCCUCUCCCUGCACCAGCAGAGUGCACUUCCCAAGGCAUCCCGCUCUUUGGAGAAAGCAGCCACAUUCAGUACCCCCAGGCUUUGGAGGAUAAUGACCCUGACAACAGCCUGUGCACGUGGAAUAUAACAGUGCCAGAGGACAAAAUCAUCUUGAUGCAUUUCACCAAAUUAGAUGUAGAGUACCAAAUGGUAAAUCCCGCAGGGAUGUCUUCCCAGCCCCUCUGCCGCCAGUUGGACCAGGUCACCAUUAUAUUUGUUUCCGACAGAAGCAACACUGGCCACAGCUUCAAGCUCACUUUCACAGCUGCCUUUAAGGACUCUGAAGGAGGUUCGGGCUGUGGGACUGUUGCAAUGUUAGGGGAAGAGGGGAAGAUUGAUACUGCUAAUUACCCUGGCUUGUAUCCCAGGAACACGAAGUGCCACUGGCUCAUUGAAGCUCCAGCAGAGUAUGUCGUAAAACUGGAGUUUGAAGACUUUGCUAUGGAGCUCAGCCCAGGCUGCAGUUAUGAUGCAGUUACUCUUUGCAGUGAUGAAGAAGAAGAAAACCAGUUGGACACCGGUGGCUUUCCCCUGCUUACUCCCCAGUGGUUGUUCAAGUGUUUUAGUAGGGCUGAGGAGGCCUGUCCUCACUGUUGGCCAUGGCAUGCCACCCUGAAGCUCCUUGAAGACUACCAGUGCAAUGGGGCUGUCAUCAGCCCCACGUGGCUGCUGACAGCCACCCACUGUGUGCAGCUAUCCAAUAAACCCUUGCACUGGACUGUGACAGCAGGAAACCAUGGUAGAGCCCUGAGAGGUUCAACAGAACAGGUGAGACAGGUGAAAACCAUUGUGGUGCAUCCACACUUUGACAUGCUGAGCUAUGACUCUGACAUUGCCAUGAUGCAGCCAGACAUCCCUCUGGAGUAUAACACUGCUGUGAGGCAAGUGUGUCUGUCCAACAGCACAGAGCCAUUAUCCUCCUCUUCCUUCUGCACUGCAUCUGGAUGGGGGACCAUUGAAGAAGGUGGCUGUUCUGAUUUUGCAUGUUUGCCUAUUAUGAGCAGAACUUACAUUUCCAUCUCGUAUUUUAUUCUUCUGCCCAGACCUAACCUCAAAUUUAUUUCCCAAGCAGAUGAGAGCCGAGCUAGGCGGUUGCAGCAGACAUGAGUGGCCGUACUUGAGAAGGAAAUCUAUGAGAGAAGUUAGCAGUUUAGUCACCCUGGAGGGAUCACAGCCAGGAUGCUUUCUGUGGGAGGCCAGGACUCCUGUCAGAGUAUUGUCAGCUGGGCUGUUGGCUGUGCCAGCCCAAAGAAACCAGGGGUCUAUUCAAGGGUGAGGAUUUCCCUGGACUGGAUAAGACUGCCAAUGAAAGCCAUGGUGGUGUGCUUGGAUUUGCUUCUAGCUGUGCUGUGUGGUACCGUGCAGUCUCCUGGGGUCCUCCAGAGUCACGGACCUGUGGUGAAGGAGGUGCUCCACUCCAUUGGCCCUGCUGCUUUUGGCAUUGAAGACUUGAUGCUCAGGGUCCAAGAUACAGUCAAGCUGUACAACCACUUCUCUCAAAAGAUGAACUCACAUGACAAAAACGUAGCAAUGCUCAAAAAAAACCCCAAGAAGAUGAGCUCAGAGUUGUCACGAUGCACGGAUGUCAUCCUUACAAACCAGGAAGGGAUGAUACACCAUGAGAUACUGGGAUACACCAUGAGAUACAUAAAGUCCACCAGCUGCCACUGGAGAAUUGUAGCCCCAUUAAAAUCCAUUAUUCGGCUUGAGGUCCUGGACUUCUGGACUGAAAGAAAUCUCUCUAAUUGUCACGGCCAGCUGAUGGUGUAUGAAGGAUUUGGGCUAACCAAAGAGUUAAUAGGUCUGAAAGGUGGAAACACCAAGGCUGCUGAGAAAGAGUGCCCAGGCUUUGAUCUAAUUCCAGUUGGAGCCACUGAAAUAACAUCUCUCAGUUACCCUGGCAUUUACCCUGACAUAUUGAACUGCACUUGGAUAAUUUAUUCUACUUCAGGAAAUAAGCUGAAGGCUGUACUUAACGAUUUUGUAACUGAGGGUGCAAUGGAUUGCAUUUGGGAUCAUUUGAGUGUUUAUGAUGAUCCACAUCUCUCUUUGAGGCUUCUGGCAAACUUCUGCGGCCAGAAAAUGUCUUGCAGCAUAUUCUCCAGCAGUAGCUUCCUGACCCUGGAUUUUAAAACUGAUGAAUCUGUGGGAUACAGAGACUUCAAAAUCCUUCGUGGAAAGUUGUAUCGGCAGCCAAUGCGACACCCAUGGUGGUGGCAUAGGUCUCGAAUGUUUCAUCAAAUUAGUUACGCGGCACAGGUCUCUAGCUUCGAUGCAAGCUUCAUCCGUGUUGGGGUCUGGCUCCUGAGAAGAACAGUUCUGGGGAAAAAAUAUUUGUUGCCAAAUGUGAAAGAUGACAACCCCAUGCUUGUGAAAGCCAUGCUCGCGCGCUACGGCUUUGGUGGGUUUCCUGUCAGAAAUGACCUGGCGCUCCUGGAGCUGCAGAAACCCAUUUAG